AUGAUAGUCAACACCAACCCAUUAAUUAUCGAAAACCCGAUAAUUCCAGAUGAGAUGUUUGCCAUAAUCAAUAAUGCUGCAAAAAAACAUAUAAUGAAUCAAUACGGCUAUUGGGUAGAAGCUACAGAUUUGGAACAGAAUGAUGAAGCAGAUAAAUAUCAAGAAGCAUGGAGAGUUUUAAGAUCUGCAAAUGGUAUUCUCGUUCCUGGCGGAUUUGGAAAUCGUGGUAUCGAGGGUAAAAUUUCAGCAGCAAAAUGGGCACGUGAAAAUAAGAUUCCUUAUUUAGGAAUAUGCCUUGGUAUGCAAAUUGCUGUAAUUGAAUUUGCACGUAAUGUUUGUAAGAUGACAGAUUCAGAUUCUGAAGAAUUUAAUCCAAAAGCCACUAACCAAGUCAUAAUUAAUAUGCCAGAAAUUUCUACAACCUGCUUAGGUGGUACCAUGAGACUAGGUUUAAGACCAACAGUCUUUCAACCAAAAACAGAAUUGUGGUCAAAAAUGCGCAAAUUGUAUGAAAUUAUGAACGUGACAGAGAUUGAUACUGGUAUUGUGCAAGAACGUCAUCGUCAUCGUUAUGAAGUUAAUCCUAAAUACGUUAAAAAUUUUGAAUCAUGGGGAUUAAACUUCAUUGGACAAUAUCUUAGCAGACCGCUUAAACCCUCACCAGCAUUCCUUGGUUUUGUGUCAGCAUCGGCGGGAUUGACAAUUGAAUCAUCAUUCAAAAAUUAA